AUGCAAAUGGGUUCAUGCACAGAAAGCAUUUUGGAUAAGGAAAAGGACAAAUAUACAUAUACAGAUGAAUGGAAUGAUAUCUAUCAAUAUUUUAAUCUUCAAGAAAAAACAAAAUUAAUUUUUAGUAAAUCUAAAACCUAUAUUUAUGAAGAAUCCUCCACUAGAAACAAUAGUAUCGGUCAUGUUAUUCUUGUUGAAAAAAUACAAAAACAACAAUUAACCACAUCCAUUCAUGCAGAAAAUAUUUCACUUCUCUGGAUUCCUGAUUCAAUUAUAACAUUUAGUGAUGAUUACGAAAAAUAUAAAAUAAUGGAUUCCAACAAUUAUAAUAACAAAAUUAAAGAAGAUAUUUAUAUUAGAUUUAAUCCAUUAGAUUUUCAUAAACAUAUACGUUUUAUCUCUCUUUUAAAAAUACAGAGUAUAUUAGUAAAACCUCCAUCCAAGAGCGAAAAAAAAGGUUCUAUUACUAUUAAUGCAUAUGGGAAGAGUAACUAUUUAACUCUUUUUUUUGAUGAUGAAAAUUAUAUAAAUGCGAGUCUAUGCAACACAUUUGAAUCAAAAGAAAAUUUAAACAUAUUUUCUGAAAAAGAAGAAAUAAUAUGGGGCGGCAACUGUCUCCUUGCACAACUAAAAUCUAUAAUAAAUAUAAAACAUUCACAAACAGAUGAAAAUAUGUAUUUAGUAGAUUCUUUUAAUACAGUGUCUAACAAAUCGAUAUAUUAUAAUCAAGAAAGAAUACGAAAUAUAGAAAAAAAUAAAGAUGCAAAAAUGGAAACAUUUAAAGAAUCAUAUAAACAAGUUAGGUGGAAUAUUUUAGAACGCUUUAGUCGAAUUACUAAUUUCUCUCGUGAAAAAACCAAAAAUAUUCUCAAUAUAUCAUUUACAAAAAAAUCUCUUUCAUCUAACCUUCAUCCAAAAUUACAAAAAUUCUUAAAUUCUGAAAACGCUGUAAACAUAUUUGAAGAAUAUGAUAUAGCUCGUCUUUAUCUUGCUCGAUGGGCAGCAAGAAUUGCUGAAGAUAGUGAAAGAGAUAAACGUAACAAAAUUAUAUGGAAUAAUAGAAAUACACAUAUUUGGACUAAAGAAGCAUCAUUUGAAGAUUUUGAAAUGCUAAAUUUAAACGCGUUCGAAAAUAAUAUUGAAAUACAACAUCAGGAACCAAUCUCAAAAAAGCAAUGGAAAUCAUGGUUCAAUCAUGAAGGGAAACUAUUAAUAGCAAAAGAAAAAGUAAAAGAAGCCAUUUUUUAUAGAAGUAUACAUCCUAAUAUAAGAAGAGAAGUUUGGUGUUUUUUACUUGAAAUUUAUCCAUGGGACUCAUCAUCAAAAGAAAGAAAAGCAAUAUUUUCAAAAAAAAGCAAUAAGUAUAUGCAAUUAAAGGAAAAAUGGUUGAAUAACAAAAAACAAAAUGUAGAUGAUACAUUUGAAGAUCAAAAACAUCAAAUAGAAAAAGAUGUUUGCAGGACUGAUAAACAAACCAAAUAUUUUAUGAGCGAUACCGUACCUCACAAUACUUUAGAUUCAUACCUUUUAGAAGAAAACCCUCAUUUGAAAACGAUGAGGGAUAUUCUUUUAACAUACAAUGAAUAUAACAAAACCCUUGGAUACGUUCAAGGAAUGUGUGAUUUAUUAUCACCAUUAUAUGUUAUUAUGGAAAAUGAAAUACUAAGCUUUUGGGCUUUUGUAGGGUUUAUGAAACGAAUGCAAUAUAAUUUUUUUGAAGAUCAAUCUGGAAUGAGAAAACAAUUAAUAAUCCUUGAUCAAUUAAUACAUCUUAUGGAUCCAAAACUUUAUACAUAUUUAGAAGAUACAUCUAGUACGAAUUUUUUCUUUUUUUUCCGAAUGUUAUUAGUCUGGUUUAAACGGGAAUUCGAAUGGGAUGAUGUUUUACGGCUAUGGGAGAGACUUUGGACAAAUCAUAUAACAUCCCAAUUCCAUUUAUUCGUUGCAUUAGCUAUCCUUGAUAAACACAAGAACAUUAUCAUGGGAAAGUAUCAUCUUAAAGAUUUUGAUGAAAUUUUAAAAUAUAUAAAUGAUCUUUCUAUGACGAUAGAUCUUGAAUCUACACUUCAAAGAGCAGAGAUUUUAUUUUAUAAAUUUCAACAAAUACUUAAAACAAUUGAUACCAAUUCUUCAACAGAAGCAGUUUCAUUUAUUGAUUGUCCUAAAAAAAACAAAAAUGCUGAAAAUGACAUCAAUGCUUUACCCAUCCAAAGUAAUAAAUUACCAUUUAUAAGUAAUUGUUUAAGAGAACUUUUAAAUACUGAACCCACUAUUUAA